AUGUCGCUGCGUGGCUGCCUUCGUAGUCUGUUCUUCAAGGAAAGCGACAAGAGGCUUGUGAUGCAGCAGCAUCAAAUUGCGGAGCUGUCUGAGGAACUGGAGCUGAUGAAGAAGGAGAAAGUGUCGAUUGUUGAGAGGCUACGCGAACGCGAAAAAACACUUGCCGAUACGAAGACAGCGCUUUCGAAUUUACAAAAUGUUCUACGAGAUAUCGGCAUUGACCAUCAAGCGCAAGUUGCCGAAUACGAAAACAGCAUUGCUGAGCUGAAACAAACAAUCGAACAUUUGGGCUCGGAAAUAUUACAACUAAGAAAGGUUCAAGACUCUCUUGAAGCCGAGAAGCAGUCAUUAGAGGAUGGCACUAUACAUUUGAGGGAAGAAAUCAAAAGAAAGGAUACCGUGAGUUCUCACCUCUUGUGA